AUGCUUGGCUUGCGUAGUAAAGCAGUUUUGGCUCCGCUCGGGGCCCGCUCCAAGUCGUCUAUUGCAGCAUUGGCCUACAAAGCAUUGCACAAAAACACCAAGCGUCCGCCCCUGCCCAAAAUCGAGUCGCCCGACUGGACAAUGAAUGCCGCCAUUUCGUCUAUUCUGUACGAGACACCCGAGCCGCGCCGUGAAACUCGCCAAUCGCACGUCUUCCAGUGUCUCGUUCAGGACGAGCCCGGUGUGCUUGCUCUGGUCUCAAACACGCUGGCUGCCCGUGGCUUUAAUAUUGAUUCUUUGGUGGUUGCCAACACCGAGGUGGCCGAUCUUUCUCGUAUGACGGUGGUCCUCAAGGGCCAGCCCGGUGUAAUUGAGCAGGCUCGUCGCCAAAUUGAGGACCUGGUGCCUGUCUGGGCCGUCCUCGACUACACCGGUGCGCCUAUGAUCACCCGCGAACUUCUUUUGGCCAAGGUCUCUUUGUUGGGCCCCGAGUAUUUUGAGGAGCUGGUGAGCCACCAUCGCCAUGCCCAACAAAACAAGCUCGCCCAUCAUGACUUCAAGAUCAAGGACUACCACCCUAAUAACAUUGCUCACUCGGAGGCGCUGCGUCACAAGUAUGAGCAUCUCAGUGCUAUCAAGCGCCUAGUGGAGCACUACGGCGGCAAGGUCGCAGACGUCUCCGAUCGUAACUGCGUUGUUGAGCUUUGUGCUCCUCCCGAGGAGGUCACCAAGCUGCUGCACCAUCUGAAACCUUUUGGUGUGCUGGAGAUUGCCCGUACCGGUAUGUCUGCCAUGACCACCACUCCUCUGGACCGUGUCCAAGACGAUGUUGCCGAGGACAUUAUCCAUGAGGAGCUCGGUGAUUUGCCCCCUGGUUAG